AGACGGCAGCUCUUCAUGCGAGUUGCCAUAUUGGGCUCGUCGGAUAACCAUAACAACGACCCACACCAGAGGUACGCAUGAUGGCGGACCACCUAUAAACUUGAUGCUCUUGUCGCCAGGUGCCAUCACCUGCCCUUCGUCUUCGCUCUUUUCCCUCUCUUUCACUUUCAGCAUUCGUUGGGCUGCGCCCCUGGUUUUCUUGUUUUUACUGUCGCUCACUUGGCCAGCCAGACAGCAGGUUUCUGUUACUGUGUAAUAUUCCGGGUCGAAUCUUUCAAAAUGCACUACUCCGCCUUUUUCACGGCUUUGUCCCUUCUUGCCUCGUCCGUGGCAGGUUUGCCCGUACGGCGAACAGACUCUAAUGCCACGGUUGCCAAUGCUGCAAACUUGUUGGUCCUCAAAUUUGCCAACGUCUUGGAGCAGCUCGAGACAGAGUUUUACACUCAAGCGCUUCAGAAGUUCCAAACAAGCGACUUCACAACUGCCGGGUUUUCGGAUGCCUCCGUGCCUAUUCAGCAAUUUACGAACAUCAUGUCCGAUGAAUCCACACACACGACAGUCCUCGAGGCGGCUAUCCAGUCUCUUGGUGACUCAGCUGUCUCAGGUUGCUCAUUCGACUUCUCGUCUGUGCUCACUGAUGUAGCGACUAUGGCUCCAGUCGCACGACUUGUAGAAAACGUCGGUGUUGGCGCUUACCUCGGGGCCGCACAUCUUAUCACGGACCCUGUCAUCCUCACUGAUGCGGCGAGUAUUGUCACUGUCGAGGCACGCCACCAGACCAUCCUUAACGUCCUCAACGGCGGUACCGCAAUCCCGGCUGCCUUUGACCUUCCUCUCCUCCCCCAGGAAGUUCUCGCAAUAGCGGGCUCCUUCAUCUCUGGAUGCAGUGUCGGCAUUGAUGCACUUCCCUCUCUCAAGGUUACAAACACUGGGUCUAUUAAUGCUGGAACGUGCUUGCAAUUCAGCUUCGACGCGCAGAGCAGUAUCUCAGAUACUUCGACACUUUCGUGCCAGAUGCUCGCAGGAGGCAUGCCAUUCUCUCUGUCCUUACCCUUCGAUAACUGUGUGGUACCCGAAGGUCUUGUCGGCCCCGUUGCGAUCUACGUCACCAACGACACUCAACCGCUCGCAAACAACGCACGCGAUAGGUUCACUGGUAACAUCGUCGCCGGCCCGACCAUGGCAUUCCUCGACAACUCUACCGAGAGUCUCAGCAGCCUCGCAAAGAGCGGUUCCGUAUCCAACUCGGGUUCCACUGACACUGCAUCGACGUCGAUUAGCACUGCUACUAUCUCGCCCGAGGAAGCGAGCAGCAUCGUUGCUAGCGCUAGCGCAACCGCGACUGGCGCUGACGCAAGCGCUACUGCAGCCUCUGAUAACUCGAUCCCACCGACUGCAAACACCACGACUGGGAACUCUCCCGACGGUGCAAUUAGCGUGAACGGCUGGACGCUUGUCCCCCCGUCAUCUCCCUCGUCCGCAUGAGCAGACCUAAUGUUCGUGGGCUUGUACAUAUGAUUUGUAUGUGUCUGUAUACGGACUCGGACUUUGUUCUUCUGUGUGUUUUUCUUUUCGGACAUUUUUCUUGCUACGAUACGGUGGUUACCCCUAAGUAGAUGCAACUUUCCCUUCUUCCCGGAUAUCUUGGUCGACAUACAUAGUAGUUAGUUAAACCCGGUUGUGAACUGGUUACGUUUUCAGUACCAGCAUUCUCUGGCCUACCUUGCCUGGUGCGCGGUCGUUACCCUUUUUUGAUACUUGCCUGAUCCUUAUUCCGAUUUUACCUUCUUUGCC